CUUACUUCCGCGUUCUUCGCAUAGCAACAGGAGGAAAGCGAAGAUGGCGGAUCAUGGGGAUCCGGUAAAAUAACGUGUCCGAAGUAGUAACAAGCGACGGUCUCUUGAAAAACGAAGUUAUUGGAAUAACCUUUUCGAAAGACUUGGUCCCUCUGGGACAGCGGCCUGUGCCAUGGCGUCAACUAACGUCCGAAUCGGUCAACAGGCCUUGGCCGUACUGGAUGUGGCACUCCGCGUACCGUGCAUCUUUAUUAUCGACGCCAUUUUUAAUUCUUACCAUGAUCCUGGGACUGGAUGGGCCGGGACAGCUGGGAGGGUUUUAAUAAGAGUUUUUGGUAUUUUGGUAUCCAGCGUAGUGCUGGUCCUCUCCCAGAAGGCCCUGUUCAAGUUUUAUACACUGUUCUUCGCCGUGAUGCUGGGCGCUGUGGCUGUCAUGAUCAACUACUAUGCCACAUCACACAUAGACUUCUACAGUGCCUACUACAAAGCGGCAUUGGGCUUCCGGCUGCUUCCACGCAACGGCCCCACGCUCUGGCUGGGUAUGGCGGUUGUGCAGCUGCUCUUCGGCCUGGGCUACGUGGUGCUGCUCAACGUCCAGUCCACGUUUGCAGCGCUGGUGUUCCUGGACAUCAUGAUCCCGCUGUGGGGUCUGAUUAUCGAGCUGCCGGUGGACGUGCGGCAGCUGGUGGCCGUGGCCUCGGGCUUCGUGCUGGCGCUCAACACGGCUGCCUGCUUGCUUCUCAAACUCAAGUGGUUCUACUACUCGUGCCGCUACGUUUACCUGCUGCUGCGCCACAUGUACCGCAUCUACGGCGUGCAACUGCUGCUGGAGGACACCUGGAAGCGCAUCCGCUUCCCGGACGUACUGCGGGUCUUCUGGCUGACGCGCAUGACCGCCCAGGCGGUCAUCCUGGUCUACGUGGUGAAGGUGGUGCGCCACGAGAGUGGCCAACAGGCCACGCUGACAUGGGAUGUGUGCUGGGACCUCUUCAGCAACCUGAUCAUCAGCGGCUGUGACUCCACACUCACCGUGCUGGGCAUGAGCGCCGUCAUCUCCUCGAUGGCACACUACCUGGGCCUGAGCAUCCUGGCCUUCAUCGGCUCCACCGAGGAGGAGGACAAGCGGCUGGGCUUCGUGGCGCCCGUGCUCUUCUUCAUCCUAGCGCUGCAGACGGGCCUGAGCGGCCUGGACCCCGAGGAGCGCCUGGUGCGGCUCAGCCGCAACAUGUGCCUGCUGCUGACGGCCAUCCUGCACUUCAUCCACGGCAUGACGGACCCCGUGCUCAUGUCGCUCAGCGCCUCGCACGUACUGUCCGUGCGACGCCACCUGCCCGUCCUGCUGGUGUCCCUGGCACUCUUUGUGCUUCCGGUGGCCCUCAGCUAUGCCCUUUGGCACCACUACGCCCUGAACACGUGGCUGUUCGCCGUGACAGCCUUCUGUGUGGAGCUGUGCCUCAAGGUGGUGGUGUCGCUGACGGUGUACACGCUCUUCAUGGUGGACGGCUAUCACAACGUCCUGUGGGAGCGGCUGGACGACUACGUCUACUACGUGCGGUCCACGGGCAACGUCAUCGAGUUCAUCUUUGGCGUCAUCAUGUUCGGCAACGGCGCCUACACCAUGAUGUUCGAGUCAGGGAGCAAGAUCCGCGCCUGCAUGAUGUGCUUGCAUGCAUACUUCAACAUCUACCUGCAAGCCAGGAAUGGCUGGAAGACUUUCAUCAACCGCCGCACAGCGGUCAAAAAGAUCAACUCUCUGCCAGAGGUCAAGGGUUCCCAGCUGGACGACAUUGAGGACGUGUGCGCCAUCUGCUACCAAGAGUUCGCCACCUCGGCACGCAUCACGCCCUGCCACCACUACUUCCACGCGCUCUGCUUGCGCAAGUGGCUCUACAUCCAGGACACGUGCCCCAUGUGCCACCAAAAAGUCUACAUCGAGGACGAGGCGAGAGACAGGGCGGCGUUCUCCAACAACAAUGGCUAUGCAGACCCCGGGGGGGACCCGGACGAGUUUGCAGCCCCGGGCAGGGCAGAGGGGGCAGCAGCCGCAGCAGGUGGGGCAGAUCCUGACAAUGAGCUGCUGGAAGACAAUGACAGUAUAGAAUACGACGAAGAUGAGUGGGGCACACUAAACGGAGGCACACCCAUAGAGGAGGACUACAUUAAUGAUGAUACAGAUUCCAAUGGGCUUGUGGAGGUUUAUGGUGUGAGUGCCUAUACGAAGUGGGUGGAGAGGCUUUGAGUUCAGCGAGAGACGCACAUUCCUUUUCUAUUUCUCCUUCCUCUUAGGGAUGCCAUGGGGGUUUGUGUGUGUGUGUGUGUGUGUGUGUUUGUGUGUGCUUUGGGUCUGUCCAUGACUCAAAGGGAGAUGGAGAUCAACAACAGAACGAGAGGUCUGAUUAAACGUGACAUGCUACUGUAAUCACUGAUAUACCUCUGUCAUUACUACUGGUCUCUUGUGUGACCUUGCUUAAAUCUGUGUACAUUGUUGUACAUGUAAUAAAAAAAACAAAACAUACUCUUUCCCUUGGAAAAGAGGAGGCUGUAUUACAAUGGAUGUUUUUCAAAAGCCACUGGACUUUUGGCUGUUGGAGUGAGAAAAACUGCAGCCUCCAUGCUGCAUUGUUUGACUCAGACCAUAUCUGUGUUAAAGCAUCAAUCUCUGCAUUUCAACUAGACAGUUCCAUCAGUGAUCUGUUAAAGGCAACCACUGCUAUUUUAUUGUUUCAUUUGCAAUCAUUCAUUUUUGGUUUCCAUUUAGAAUUUGGCACAUUGGCUGACUGAGGGAGAGCAAGACAUGCAAGAUGCUAUUUAAAAAAUAAUAAUAAUUUAAUGCAACAGGCAGAGGAACUGGUGAAUUAAUGGUGGAAAAUUAUGUGUGUGCUGAUCUAGGUUAUUAUAAUCAGGAAGUGAAAAUAAUUUGAUUUAUUCUGUGGAAUAGUUGUGCUUUCACUUUCUGUCAAUGAAGGAAUUUUAUGAUUCAUCUUUUUUUUUUUGCUUUGGAAAAGGUGCAAAUGUUCAUUUUGCCUUUUGCUUUAAAGAUGAUGUAAAUAAAAAAAAAUAAUCUUUAAUAGUGA